AUGGUGAAAUCUUACCUAAAAUACGAGCACUCGAAAACCUUCGGACUCGUCAGUUCAAGCACCUCUAAUGUGGUCUGGUCUGCCGAUGCGACAAACUCAUCGCGGAGUACUGGAUCAGGACGAGCUGUUGUCGCCGCGAACGAAGAAGUCCUAUGCUGGGAUAUACGGAAGGGAGAGUUGCUAGGUCGAUGGCGGGACAGCGAUUGUAAAUCCCAAGUCACAGCUCUUGCGCAGAGCAAGUCAGACCCGGACGUUUACGCCGUGGGCUACGAAGAUGGCAGUAUACGGCUUUGGGACUCCAAAAUUGCUACUAUUGUAGUCAGUUUUAACGGCCAUCGAUCUGCUAUUACUAUCCUUUCCUUCGACAAGUCCGGCGUCAGGCUCGCGAGUGGGUCCAAGGAUACAGAUGUGAUAAUAUGGGAUUUGGUUGCAGAAGUUGGCCAAUACAAAUUAAGAGGCCAUAAGGAUCAGAUAACGGGCCUAGAAUUCAUCCAACCCGAAGCACAAGAAAAUAUUGAGGACGACGCAGAGAAUGUUGUUUCCCUCCCCAGAAAUUCCGAAGAUAGUGAGGGAUUCCUCCUCACGACUGGGAAAGAUGCUCUUAUAAAGUUGUGGGAUCUUACAUCUCAGCAUUGUAUAGAGACGCACGUGGCCCAGACGAAUGGAGAAUGUUGGUCUCUCGGUGUUUCGCCUGACCGCAGUGGAUGUAUCACGGCUGGGAAUGACGGGGAAUUAAAUGUUUGGUCAAUUGAUACCCUCGGGCUUUCGAAGCUAUCGGAUGAGGUAGAUGCUGCUACUGGAAAUCGAUACCUUCACAACAGAGGGUUAUUGCACCGUCAAGGUAAGGAUAAGACCAUUGAAGUGAGUUUUCAUCCUCGGGAAGAUUACUUUGCUGUCCAUGGGUCAGAAAGAGCAAUCGAAAUCUGGAGGAUCCGGUCAGGAGACGAGGUGAGGAAGAGCUUGGCACGGAAACGCAAGAGAAGACGAGAGAAACUCGGUUCGGCGGCGGGAAAGUCGGAUAUUGAGGCAGAGGUCGAUGAGGAUAUUUCAGCCGCUGAGAUCACCGACGUCUUUAUUCCCUACGUUAUAGUGAGGACUGGUGGUAAAGUUCGCUCGCUCGACUGGGUCCAAACCAAACGGUCGAAAGCUAUCCAAUUGCUUGCGGCCACAACGAAUAACCAAUUAGAAGUCUACAACAUCCCUACGAAGGACAAGGCGAAGAAGACCAAGAGCGACGAACUUCCAGAUUAUUCGCGAACUCUCUCGGUAGAAAUGCCUGGUCAUCGAGCAGACAUCAGAGCCGUAGCAUUAAGCUCAGACGAUCGAAUGCUAGCAUCCGCUUCAAAUGGUGGCUUAAAGAUAUGGAACGUUAGGACAAGGAGUUGUAUUCGGACUUUCGAAUGCGGAUAUGCUCUAUGCGUUGCUUUCCUACCUGGCGACAAGAUUGUGGUAGUCGGCACCAAAUCUGGAGAAUUGGAGCUUUUCGAUGUGGCCUCUGCUGCCAUGCUCGAUAGUGUGAAGGGACAUGAAGGUGCUGCUUGGACUCUUCAGGUACAUCCUGAUGGAAGGUCACUUGUAUCGGGGAGUGCAGACAAGACGGCCAAAUUUUGGAACUUUGAAAUCGUGCAAGAGGAAAUUCCCGGAACGAAAAGAACCACGCCGCGAUUAAAACUCGUCCAUACAAGAACUCUCAAGGUUUCCGACGAUAUUCUCAGCUUGCGCUUCUCUCCCGAUUCGAAAAUGCUUGCAGUUGCCCUACUAGAUAAUACAGUCAAGGUAUUCUUUGUGGAUUCGCUGAAGCUUUUCUUGAACCUGUACGGGCACAAACUACCUGUUUUGAGCAUGGAUAUAUCUUUUGACAGCAAGUUGAUAGUCACCUGUUCUGCUGACAAAAAUGUACGUCUUUGGGGUCUGGAUUUUGGAGACUGCCAUAAAGCAUUCUUUGCCCACCAAGAUAGUAUUUUGCAGGUCGCCUUUGUACCUCACAAUCAAGAUGGGAAUGGACAUCACUUUUUCAGCAGUAGCAAAGAUCGAAUGAUCAAGUACUGGGACGGCGAUAAAUUCGAGCAAAUCCAGCGUCUCAGUGGCCAUCAUGGGGAAAUCUGGGCUCUCGCAGUCAGUAGGACCGGCGAUUUUCUGGUUAGUGCGAGUCAUGAUAAGAGCAUACGAGUUUGGGAACAGACAGACGAGCAGAUCUUUUUGGAAGAGGAGAGGGAGAAAGAACUCGAGGAGUUGUAUGAAAGUACUUUGACUACAUCACUCGACAAGGAGCAAGAUAAAGACGACGAGACCGCGGAGGUUGGCACGGCAGGAAAACAAACCGUCGAAACCCUGAUGGCUGGGGAAAAGAUAGUAGAAGCGUUAGAAAUUGGUAUGGCUGAUUUGCAGGUCAUGGAAGAGUGGGAAGCAGCAAAGGUAGCACAGCCAAACGUUGCACCUCCAUCUCGGAAUCUACUAUUCAUGGCUUUGGGGGGAAUCAGCGCCGAGGUUCAUGUUUUGACGGUCUUGCAAAGAGUCAAGGCUGCAGCUCUCCAGGAUGCUCUGCUGGUGCUUCCCUUUGCAACCGUCCCGCCACUUUUCACGUUUCUCAACAUCUUCGCAACAAGGUCGAUGAACAUACCGUUAACCUGUCGGAUCUUGUUUUUUAUGUUAAAGACCCACCAUCGACAGAUCGUGGCUAGCAAGAACUUGAAAUCGCUCCUAGAUGGGAUUAGAAGCAAUUUGCGGCAAGCGCUGAAGAGGCAGAAGGAUGAGAUUGGCUUCAACCUGGCGGCUUUGAGGGUCAUUGGUGCUCAGAUAAAAGAAAAAGGGGUAAAGGACUAUGUCGAUGAAGAUACCUGGCAGACAACGGACAAUGCAGAGGGGCAGAAAAAGCGGGGCUUCGUUCAAGUAUCAUAG